CGACAGCAAAACGAGCUUCAUUGCUACAGACAGGCCGGUAGAAACGACCCUCGAUUCCGCCAAGUGAUAUAAUAGACAAAGACCCCGGACUAUCUCUGGGGUUAAGUAUCAACGCUGGCCUUCCCCACCUGGUCUCGUAUAAGGCCACAGUGCCUGUCCCGCACUUUGCAAUUGUCUCUCAAGCAAACCACCGUAACCACACAGUUUACUCGCACGAUCUGGUGCAGAGAGUCUUCCACCGUAACCAUGACCAACGCACAACUUACAACAGCGGCCUCGGUUGCGGCCGCACCAGUCUCCGCCGCUGCCAAAACAGCCGACAUGUUGGACUCGAGAAAGAGUACAGCCAAAUUAGAUGCUACACGGGAGACGGAGAGAUGGGCACAGGAGAAAUGGGAGGCAAUGAAGGUCUUUGAGGCCAACGCGCCGGCACCUGGCGAGCCCAGUCCUCCAAAGUUCAUGGGAACCUUCCCAUUCCCGUACAUGAACGGUCUCUUGCACUUGGGCCACUCAUUUUCCUUCUCGAAGCUGGAGUUCGCUUCCGGAUACGAGCGUUUGAAGGGCAAGCGGGUCUUGUUCCCAUUCGGUUUCCACGUGACUGGAAUGCCCAUCAAAGCUUGUGCUGACAAGCUGAAGAAGGAGAUUGCCAUGUUUGGUCCCGAUUUCGAAAACUACGUCGAGCCGCCAAAAGCCGUCGAGCCCGAGGAACCCGCCACACCCGUCGCCAACGCAGAUCCCACAAAGAUCGUCAAAAAGCAUGGCAAAGCCGCUUCCAAAAACACCGGUCUCACUUACCAGUUCCAGAUCAUGCGCUCCAUGGGUCUCCCAAAUGAGGAGAUCAAGAAGUUUGCAGAUCCUAUGCACUGGCUCUACUAUUUCCCACCGGGGGCCAUCGAGGACUUGAAGGCGAUUGGAUUAUCAGUCGACUGGAGGAGAUCCUUUUUGACCACAGAAGUCAACCCGUACUUUGACGCGUUUGUCCGAUGGCAGUUCAACAAGCUGAGGACGACCGCUGAGCCCAAGGUUAAGUUCGGGGAACGCUACACCAUCUACUCGCCUUUGGACGGUCAGCCCUGCAUGGACCACGAUCGCGCUAGCGGUGAAGGUGUGGGGGUGCAGGAGUACACCGGCAUCAAGCUCCAGGUCUUGUUGAAGGACAUCAACUCUACACCGGAGGCGGAACGAGCUCAGGUGAAGGGCGUGCCUGUUGGAAAGGCGCUUGAGAACCCUGACUUGGUCAAAGCCUUGGGAGCUCGCGAUUUGUUCUUGGUCGCUGCUACCCUCCGACCGGAGACGAUGUACGGACAGACCAACUGCUACGUAGGCGUGGACAUCACUUAUGGUAUUUACGCCGUGAAUGACAAGGAGGCGUGGGUGUGCACGGACAGGUCCGCGAGGAACAUGGCUCACCAGAAGUUGUUUGAUGCGGAGUUUGGGAAGCUUCCCAAAAUCGGAGAAGUCAAGGGAUUGGACUUGAUCGGUGUCCCGUUGAAGGCUCCUUUGGCACCAUAUGAGAAGGUGUACACGUUGCCCAUGGAGGGCGUCUUGGUCACCAAGGGAACUGGAGUCGUCACAUCCGUCCCAUCCGACUCUCCCGACGAUUACAUCACCCUGCAAGACUUGAAGAAGAAGGCCGCGUACUACAACGUACAACCGGAAUGGGUCGAGCCCUUCUUCGAGAGCUUCCCAUCCAUCAUCCGCACUCCCAACUAUGGAGAUCGCGCGGCGGAGACUGCUGUUAAAAAGUACAAGAUCAACAGUCAGAAGGACAAGCUGCAGUUGGCUGAAGCCAAGGCUGAGGUGUACAAGGAAGGCUUCUAUCAGGGUACCAUGAUAAUUGGUAACCACGCUGGAAAAUCCGUCCAAGACGCGAAACCCCUCAUCCGCGACGAACUGAUCGCACAAGGUCUCGCCUUCCCCUACUGCGAGCCAGAAGGCCUCGUCAUUAGCCGUUCCGGCGACGAAUGUGUCGUCACUCUGGCCCCGCAAUGGUACAUGGACUACGGAGAAGAGCAAUGGAGGAAGUUGGCCGAGGAGUGCUUGUCUCAAAUGGAGCUCUUCAGCCCGGAGACGCGGAACCAAUUUGAGCGCACCUUGGAGUGGUUGAAACAGUGGGCCUGCUCGCGUAGCUUCGGGUUGGGAACGAAGCUGCCUUGGGACCCGCAGUACUUGAUCGAGUCGUUGAGUGAUUCGACGAUUUACAUGGCGUACUACACUGUUGCGCAUAUGUUACACGGUGGAAAUUUGAACGGAUCCAAACCCGGCUCCGCUAACAUCAAGCCCGAGCAAAUGACCGACGACGUAUGGGACUACAUCAUGCUCCGCGGCCCCGCCCCCUCCAACACUGCAAUCCCUCAAGCCACCCUGGACGCCAUGCGCCGCGAGUUCGAGUACUUCUAUCCCCUCGACCUCCGCGUCUCCGGCAAGGACCUAAUUCCCAACCACCUUUCCUUCUUCAUCUACAACCACACCGCCAUCUUCCCCAAAGAGCACUGGCCCAAAGCCAUCCGCGCCAACGGUCACUUGCUCCUCAACAACGAGAAGAUGUCCAAAUCCACCGGUAACUUCCUCACCAUCCGCGACGCGUUGAUGACGUUCGGCGCCGACGCGACGCGGUUCGCACUUGCGGACGCAGGCGACGGUGUCGAGGACGCCAACUUCCUUAUGAAAACCGCCGAAGACGCCAUUUUGAAACUCUACACCGAGCGCGAAUGGAUCGUCGAGGUGUUGGCCACCGGCGCCGAGGGCAAACUGCGCACGGGAGAGUUCACGUGGAACGACCGCGUCUUCCAGGCCGAGAUUGAUAAACUCAUCCUGGACGCGCAGGCGGCCUACGAGGGCAUGCAUUACCGUGAGGCUCUGAAAGUGUCGUUCUACGAUUUCACCAACGCAAGGUCGGAGUACCGGAAGAGUACUACGGGGCAGGGUGUGGGGAUCGCUGCGGUUGAAGGAGAGGAUUAUGAGGGUAUGCAUUGGGAUUUGGUGAGGCGGUAUGUGGAGGUGCAGGCUCUGCUUUUGGCGCCUUUGGUGCCGCAUUGGUGUGAAUUUGUGUGGUCGGAGUUGUUGAAGAAGCCCGAGUCCAUCAAAUCCGCCCUCUUCCCCACCAUCACCGGCACCCCGGACGCAUCCCUCCUCAGCGCCGCAACCUACAUCCGCAGUCUCGCGUCCAAGAUCCGGUCCGCAGAAGACCAGGUCGCCCGCAAGAAGCAGAAGAAAGGCAGUGCUGCCGACGGCGCGGCCGAGAAACAAGGCGUCUUGCGCCUGUUUGUCGCGUCGGCGUUCCCGAAGUGGCAGGAUGAGGCUGUGGCGAUUUUGAAAACGACUUAUGAUGAGAAAACAAAAACCUUCUCAAACACCGAAAAGCCCCUCCUCGCCUCCACCCCCCUCAUCAAAAACAAGCAAGUGAUGCCCUUCAUCGCCUCCAUCAAGCAAAGCGUCACCCAAUCCCAAUCCUCCGCCGCGUUCAACCGCAAGCUCGAUUUCGACGAGUGGGAGGUCCUUCAGAGGAACCUCGACUACAUUCGUCGCGAGGUGGCGGUGUUGAAGGUGAAGGAGGUGAAGGUGUUCAAGGCGGAGGAUGUGAAGGCGGGUCAGGACGGAUUUGAGGCGGAGGAUGUUAAGAAGGCUGAGUUGAGCGUCCCGGGGCAGUUGACCUACAGGAUUGUGUAGGGUUGUAUGUAGAUUGGGGACAAAAGCCAACAUUUUUUGUAGGCGCUGUGUCGACCUGGGUUUCUCUUUUUCAUAGUCUUUUCA